ACGCUCCUCAGAUGAUAAUUGGUACACCUCAACGAACACCAUCAACACCUACUCUUUUAGUGGGAAGCCCCCAUGCUCCAAACGUACACAUGGUAACUCAGGGCGAGGCAUCGGACACUUCUCCAUGGAGUACAGGUAAAAGGAAUAAAAAGGGCGAAAAAAAUGGCAAAGGACUACGACAUUUCUCAAUGAAGGUCUGCGAGAAAGUGCAGCAAAAAGGAACAACCACCUAUAAUGAAGUGGCAGAUGAGCUUGUGGCAGAAUUCAGUAAUUCCAGCAACCAAGAAUCUGGCUCCGAAGAAGGAUACGAUCAGAAGAAUAUAAGACGUCGUGUAUACGAUGCCUUGAAUGUGCUGAUGGCAAUGAACAUUAUCUCUAAAGAGAAGAAAGAAAUUCGGUGGAUAGGACUUCCUACAAACUCAGCUCAAGAAUGCCAGAACCUCGAGAUGGAGAAACAAAGGAAGAUAGAAAGGAUAAAGCAGAAGCAGUCGCAACUUAAGGAGCUACUACUGCAGCAAAUUGCCUUUAAGAAUCUGGUUCAGCGAAAUCGUCUUGUAGAACAGCAGAGUGGCAGAGUUCCUCCUCCAAAUACAGCCAUUCAACUCCCCUUCAUCUUAGUGAACACCAGCAAAAAAACAAUCAUAGACUGCAGUAUCUCUCCUGACAAGUUUGAAUAUUUUUUUAACUUUGACAAUACGUUUGAAAUUCAUGACGACAUUGAAAUUCUCAAGAGAAUGCGAAUGGCUUUUGGAUUGGAGUCUGGUGGCUGUUCUGCUGAGGAACUGAAGAUAGCCAAGAGCCUUGUCCCCCAAGUACUGGAACCAUAUGUAAUAGAAAUGGCUAAAGGAGUGCAAAAUGUUAACUCAGCCCCAAGUUCAGGAGCAGCAUCUGCUUCCUCAUCUGGCUUCCAUUCUGGCAGAGCAUUCGGUGGCAGCGAUGCAACAGCAGCCUUAGCAACUGAUACCGAAGUGGCCUUAGUCACCAGUCAAGCACAAGGAAACGUCAAUGGCGCACAUUAUUCCAAUCCCAGAAUGGAGACCCCUAUGUCCUGUCUCGGUGAUGACGACGAUGAUGAAGAUGAUGAGGACUAUGAAUGAAUUAUGAUCAUUCUGCAUUUGUUCCCAUUUUCUAUUGCUUGAGACAACAUCUCUGGAAAGAAAUGACUCUGGAAAGGCAGAGGCUUUAAGAAUUGUUAUUUUGACUUACGAGGGGUUUUAACUUAAUUCUAUUCUCUUCUAAUUUAAACAGAAGAAGCACCAAAAGACAAGACGUUUCUGAACUUGAACAGUUACAUUUUUAAGGUGUUUUUUUGCUUUAUUGAGCAUUUGUAAUGAGUUUUGGUUCCAAGUGAAGUUAUAAAAGAAUUGUUUGAUCGUAUUUUGGGACACUCUGUACUGGUAACAUCUGGCAUUGUAAAGCUUAUCUGGAAAUUACAUUUAGCUGUUGUAGUUGUGCUAUUCCCCAGCUGAGCUGUAAGGUGCAGCACCUUGCUGAAUCUGUGUCCCAUUGGAGCUGGACAAAUUGAGGUGAUUAUCCUUCCCUGUGAUAACUGCACCUUGUGCCAGCUGGUCAGGGUGGCAUUGUAAGUAGUCCUAGAUGGAUCAGUAAUCUGUCUUAUCUUCUCAGCUAGAGGAGGCUUUAUAUGAUUAAUUCAGGCGACUGUUUGAGGGGAGAGGUGAAAAAGGUAAAAAUGUCUACAGGAAAAAUGGACUAUGUUAAUGUUAAAUGCAAUAUAAAAGCUUUUUUUUGCUGCUGUCAGAAAACUUUGCAACAUCCCCUCCAGAAAAUCGUGGAUAAGUUUGUUGGAAUUUCUGAUAUUGGGUUCAUGACACCGUGCUCUAUAUAGUUCUACAUUGCACUUUUUGGUAGCGGCACUGAUGUAGAACUUUUAUGAAAACUUUUCAGACAUAGUGAUCCAUUCACUAAAAAGAGGCAGGUCUUCAAACAGCAAAGCAAAAUAAACUUUUGGGGUUUUGUAACCAAAUAAAUGCUAAACUGAACCUGUUGUGGAGUCAACAGCUUUUUUUAAAAUCUAUUCACAAAAGGUUAGCAUUCAUGACUCUUCGGAUUAUAAUUUCUCUUGUUUUGAGGAUCAGUCUUGCGCAGCAAAGUUAAAAGUUUUAUCUUACAUUUUGGUAGUCCUUGUGCAGAUUUUAUUUAGUAAGAACUGUUUUGGCAGUGAGGCAGCUGUAUGCUCUCUUGAGGCAAGUAGCUUUCAAGUUGUGGCCUGAAAUUGUCCACCAUUCUGAUCUGCUAGUCUCAUUUACGACCAUUUUUUGCUGUUUUUCAAAGCUGCUCAGUCUAGACCUUUUAUAUUGUAAAUCUCUGAUAUAGGGGAAAUAAAAUGAGUCUGAUUAAGCAAGUUAGUUGUAAUGGUUGGCCUUACAACUUGAUGGUAAUGAGUGUACGGAGCUGCCUGUUGCUUAAUUCUGUGCAACGUUGUUGGGACUGUUUUAUCAGUAACCUCAGUGUUGGGGUAGAUUGCCUCUUAGUAAAUAUCUAGUCUUGGAUGGAAUUCGCUGUUUCGCCUGCAUUCUUCCUGCCAAAUCGUUUAUUAGUAUUGGUUGUGGAGAAGACUGCAACCUGGAACACUCGUGUCCCUGGUUAAGGGAGGCUGUGUGAAAGCAUGAAGUACUCAGUGUGAGAACAAUGAGGGCCUGUUCCUGGCCUUGAGCUUUCUUGUAUAUUUUAAAAACCAAGGGGAUAGAAUCAAGUUCUGAAGAAUCCCUCUAAAGCUAUUGUAUUUGUUUUGCCUUCUUGGCUACAAACAAAAGCAUGUCCAUGUAUAGUUUUGUUAUUCAAAACACUUAUUACACCCCUCAAGAUUUUCUCUCGAGUUUACCAGCUGCACCGCCCACCCUUGUUCCCAAUGAAUUUGUUUUUUUGCCUAGUGUUAAAUUGUCUUUUGGUUCAUUUUUAUUAUGUCGAAUAUUUGGAGCAAUACAGAUGCACUUUGCAAUUAACUGUUCAUCUUAAUUGUACAAGAAAGGUGUACCAUGUCAUCCAUCCUCGUUUAAAACUGGUUUAUCAAGAAAAAACAGAUGACGGCUGAGGAUUCUUUGGUUAUAGUGAAUCUGAAGCAUGCGUGUAUGUGUGUGUGCCUCCCAGAUUUGAGCUUACCUAAGCAAUUGUAUAGAAUAAAGCAUAGGAACUGUGGCCCUACGGUAACCUUAUAAACCUUGAAUCUCCACAGUGAUUCUUAAAUUGAUUUAUGGGAGUUUUGGAAGCAGCUUUUUGAGGAACUUUGUACAUUUGCAGAAAUUUGUUCACUGAAUUUUCUACGAACACUAGGUCUAUUUCUGGACCAACUUAAGUAUGGUGAGAAGGCAAUAACUGGAAUAUGAAUUAUUUAAGACUGACAAGUCUCUAAAAGAAAAACACCACAUGAGCAAAGCAAUCUGCAGUUUAAGAGUACAGUAUUUAAAGAUUUAAUAAACUCCGAAGGUAUAUGUUUUGUUGCAAUGGUGUGCUACAGUGAUGCCACAUCUUUUAUCCACGUAAUGAACAAUGUAGUCACAGAUAGUGUUGCCCUACCCUAAGGUUUUUUAAAGCUUUUUGGAAAAUGGGAAGGGGAGGUGGGAGGUUGUAAACUUUGGGGCUAAAAAUUGAUCACUUAAUGCUGCAGUUAUAAUAUCUGUAAUUCAGACACAGUCUGCAUUGUUACUUAUGAGGAUGUUGAUUUAGUUUCAUGACUAUCAUUCAAAUUUAUAAGCUUGAAAUAAAAACGUAAUCUUAUAUUUGA